AUGACGAAAAAUUUCAAAUUUUUCAAAUUUUUACCAUUAGUAAAACUUCCUAGAGGUUACUAUAAUGUUAAAUCAUCAUCUACAAAUUACAAUAAAUAUUGGUCACCGUGGAAUUUUCCAUCUAGAAAAAAUAAAGUCUUGCGAGGAUUAUUGUUUUUUGAAUAUUCAAAUUUGCCAACAACGCCAUAUUUUUCAGUUUAUGAUGAAUCAUUAAAGAGACCAGUUAUUCCUGAGAUAGUUCCAACAGCAAUUGCAACAGUAGUAAAUACGUUUAUACCUGCAUUCUCGUUAUUUUUUUCAUCAUUUGGAUGGGCAACUGUUGGAGGACAUUUAUGCCUUAGACCAACAUUUUUAACAAAAUGUCAGCCGGAUCCAUCGAAAAUAAAUGCUUCGCCAGGUCAAAUAUAUUUUACAAAUGAUGUUUGUACAGGAAAAUUAGAAAGUACUGAAUUUCAAGGUGGGCAUUCAGCAACUGCGUUUGGUGGAUGGGUUUUCUUCAUAUUAUAUAUAAAUGGUAAAUCAAAGCCAUGGACAAAUGGUUCAUAUUUGUGGAAAAUUUUGAUUUUAUGUCUCCCACUAUUAUUUGCGUCAUGGAUUUCAGUCACAAGGAUUAACGACUUUAGACAUUUUCCAUUUCAAAUUAUAACAGGUGCAAUUUUAGGAAUUUUUGCAGGCUUAAUAUCUUAUAGAUUAUAUUUUGGUAAUUCAGAUUGGUUUAUUGGAAAUGGGAAUUAUUUGGAUCAUAUACCUGCACGCUAUAAAUUUAUAGAAGAUUGGGAUGAUAGAGACGUGGAUGAGGAAAGAGGAGGUAGUAGAAGAGGAAGUGUAGCAAGAGAAACUAAAGACGAUUUUAACAAAUCAACAUUAGUGUCUUUUGUUGAUAUGAUUGACCUACCAAAAGCAAAGGAAGGAAAAGUAAUAUGGAUGGUUAGAUUUGAUUUUGAGUUGUAG